AACAAAGAUUGACACAACUUAAUUAUAAAAUUUAUGUCACUUAUAAGGUGAUAUGUGAAUAAUUAUAGACAUUUCUUCAGAAAUGAGAUAUUUUAUAAUAAUUAUAUCAGUCGUGGAUAAUUGGGGGAAAUCCACAAGACGCCAUAUUUAAGAGUUUUGUCACUUGUAUAUAAACACAGUUCCAGAACUAUUUAUUUUUAAAUUUUCCAAAAUUCUGUCCACCAAACGUGUCGUUUGAGAUAAACUAAAGCAUUGUUCGAUGGAUGAAGAGGAUGACUUGACAACCCCAAUCGACUCGGACGCCCAGUGGGUUGAUCUCGAGUCAAGAAAGACCUCGCAAAAGUGGGUCGACAAGAAAAUAAAAUGGCGAGACGAGGAGGUAAUCACCGUCCUCCAACUCAUACAAAAGCACAAUUUACUCAAUCGGAAUCCCACCGAUCUAGAAUUGGGAGAGAUUCUCACCGAGCCCCUAAAUAACCUCGGCUUCCAAAGAACCCCCCAUCAAAUCCACCUUAAAAUAAAAUCCUUGCGUCGAGGAUACGUGAAGUGUAAAAAAUCUGGAUGCCCGGAAGAGUCGUUGAAGGAGUGUCCCUUUUACGAUCAACUCGAUGCCAUCUACAGCAACAAGAAUCUUCUCAUCGAAGACACGAGAGACAAAGUCCUCCAGAUAUCUGAGGAGGAAAAUGACAACACCGAAGACAUCUGGACUCCAGUGGAGCUCGAAACUAUGCUCCUGCUGAUUCGAGAAAUGAAAUUGUCCAACGAAAUCACCUUGCACCUUUUCUCCCCAAGGGCUCUGCGCAAGAUCAGUUCAGCUUUAGCCGGAAACGGGUACAGCCGAAGCCCCACGGAAGUGAAAACAGCUCUGCAGAGUCUGAAAACUACUUUUCUCAACUUCAAGAAAAAUGAUCAAAGAGGCAAGAGUGCGAUAGAGUGUCCUUAUUACUGUUACUUGAAGAAAAUGUGGGAAGAGGAGUACGUGAAGCUGCCGAAGAUACCGCAGCAGAUGAAGCUCCUCAAGAGUGAUGAAAUCUGGUCCGAGGAGGAGACAGUGAUGCUGCUGACGACAAUCAAGGACCUGGACAUUGUCGAAGAAGCUUUUCAGAAUACAGAUCUCGCUGCCGGGAAAAUACUCUUGCUUUUGAACGACAGUGGCUACACGCGAACUAAGAAGCAAAUCCAGUCGAAAAUGGAGAAUCUGAUGCAGAAUUAUAUCGAGGGGAAGCGCUGUGUCGAGGAGGCGGAAGCGGUUCGGAAAUUUCCGUUCUAUUUCAUUUACGAGAAGAUAUUUGGCUCCUUUUUCGAAAACUUUGAUUUCAAAUCCUUCGGUCAACGGGAUUCGGAGGAUGAGCUCCAGAGGAGACACUCGAGAGGCUCCUGCUGGAGUUACAAAGAAACGAAAACGCUUCUCGGCUUGGUCGUGGAAUUAAAUUUGUCGCGAGCUUUUCGGGAACGAAUGACGGAGGGAGUUCUUCGGAAAUUGAUAGCGCCGAUGCAGAAAAGGGGAUACAAUAGGACCAUCUCGCAGUUUAAAAUAAAAAUGAAGAAUUUGAGAAUGCAUUAUAUCCGGUGCAUUGAAGAUGGAUGUACUGUUAGGGCGAUGACUGAUUGUCCCUUUUUUAAUGAGCUUAAUGCGAUUUAUGAAGAAUCUGAGGCUUAUUGUGCAACUCCUGAACUGAAGAUUAUUGUCCAACCGAGGGAAGAUGGCAGUGCGGAUUUGAAGAGAGUGGAGCCGGAACAUAAUUAUGUGCAAUCUGAUGUAAAGAGGGUGACGAAGUUUAGGAAACAGGUGAUAAGAACGAGGUCAUUUUUAUUGAAGAAUAUCAAUAAAGAGGAUCGGAAUACUUGGGAACCAAUCGAGACUAUCAGAGAAGUGAACGGGAUUAAGUUGGACAAUAAAGUAGAAAAUGAUCGACUGGAAGAAUUAGAAUUAGAAGAAGAGAGAGAAAUAGAUAAAGUGCUAAAAGUAAACGAUGAAAAAGAAAAUGCUAAACAUUUUUCUGAAGAAUUUUCUAAUUAUAACAAGAGUCUCGAAAACACAAAAGAAAAUGUGAUACCGAAAUUUUUGCCACCCGAAAUGGCAAUCUCAGAAAUUGACCCAAUUGCGAAUUUUGAAGAAAAGUCUCAGGUGGAAAGCUUCGAAAAAUUACCCAGGAUAAUUAUAGAAACAGGAACUUCGGAAAUUAUACCUGUGGAAAAUUUAGAAAAUUCUUCUGCAGAAGAGAAAUUUAAAGAAGUUUCGGAACCGCCUUUACGCAAAAGAAAAAUUAGUGAAACUUUGUCUGAGGAUCAGGAGGAAAAUGAAGAAAAUGAGGAAAAUGAGGAGGAGGAAAAUAAGAAUUCUAUGUCAAUUCUUAUAUUUAAAGUUUUAGAACACGAGAAAAAAAUGCAAAAACAGCAUCAAGAGUGGUUGGAACGGCAAUUCGAAAAACAGAGGGAACAUGAAAAAGAGCAGAGAAAUAUUUUGUUAAACGAGUUGAAAGAAAUUCGAGAGGCCAUAACGAGUGUCGUGAAUCAAGAAAUUGAGAAAAAAAAGAACAAUGUGGCUUAAUAGUUGCAUUUUAAAAUUAUGAGGGAAUGUCGAUUUUAGUUUAUUUAAUUUAAAUUUGAAUUUAAUAAUUGAUAUCUAAAAAUAGCAAUUUAUGCAAGACUGAUCGGAAUUUUUUAAAAAGUUUUAUAAUUGGUAUUUUUGUAUUAACUCGUAUUUAUUGUUUAUAAUUAUAGGAUUAUAGAAUAUCAAUAAUUUUACGUAAAAAUUACGUGAAAGAGUAUAUUUGUAAAUUCAGUGAUGGGCUAAAAGUAAAUAAAAAUUGGAUAUAUUUUAAGAUGUUAAAAAAA